AUGGCUGCAAAUCUUAUCACCAAUCCAGCAAUAUUGCAGGCGUCGGAAGAAGUCUUUAGAUUUGCAGAGAAUUUAGCAAGGAAACGAAAACUACCAUUAAAUGAUGUUGUGUUAGCUGUGCUAUGGAAAUGUAUGAACAAACCAACUUCACCUGUCUGUGGUCAAAACUACCUAACAGCCUCACAACUAGUGAGGAAAGUAACACCAGUCAAAGCUAUUGGUACACCACCAUCUCAGAAACAGCCUCAAGAAAUAAUUGUGUCUCCCAAAUCUCCAGGUGUUGCCUGGCAAACAGAAAGAAUGGUUUCAAAAUUAAAGACUUUGAAUAAUCCAUUUAUUGGUAGAAAUAAUGCAAGAGGUGUUGCCAAGCCUUUGACUUUUGUUCUUGAAGGUCCAGUAAACUCCAAAGGAAAAGGUGCUAAAAAGACUGGUCCUUUAAAAACAAUUAAAGAUCCCGUUAUUCUUGGUGGAACUUCCAAAGGAAUUCAGAAAGCAGGAAAUAAAGCAUCCAGCAAAUCAAACAGUUCAGAUAAAAAUACCCUGUUGGUACAGACAGCUGAUGGCACUAAUGUGAUAAAUUUAGAUCUUGAUGAUUCGAAAGAAACUUCUGUCAGUAAGGUCACAGCAAAAUCAAGCAGGAAAGAGUCCUCAGAUGAUGGUAAGAAAGACUCUAGUCCAGAUGAAGUUAUUAUACUAGAUGAUGAUGAUGAAAGUGACGAAGAAGUGGCGAAAAAGAGUGAUGAGAACAAUGAUAAAAAUAGUGAAACUGGUGGAAAUGAUGAACUUUUGGACGAAAAGUCUGGUAAUUCCAUUACAGGAGAUGAAGAUGAUACAGAAAAAUCAAAAGAGGACAAAACAGGUGAAGAGCAUUACUCUGCUAUGUCAGAAGGCAGUAAUGAUUCAAGUAGUAAAAGUGAAGCAAAAGCAAUAACUAAAGAAACUUCAAAACAAAGUUCAGAUGAUCAUGUUGAUUAUUUUGAAAUGGAUUGUGAGGAAAUUGAUGAAGAUGAUGACAUUGUUGAGUUGACAUUGACUUCUGAUGAAGUAAAAAAGGAUGUGAAGGAAGUUGAGAAUGAAAAUGAGAAAAACUCUGAUGACAGUAAAGAAGACAUUGAUGAUACUAAGGAGAAUGGUAGUGAGAAAUUGAACUCUGAUGUUACUGUCAUUAGCGAUGAAGAUGAAGAAAAGGAGGAAGAAUCUUUGCCAACCAAAAGAGUAAAAAGGAGCAAUAAAGAAAAAACCAAAGGUAAUGAAGAGACACCAGAGAAUGAGAAGAAUGAAAAGGCUGAUGAUAGCUCAGAAACAAAUGAAGAUAAUAUGCCAGAUACUUCAGUAAAAAAUGAAGAUGAUAUGCCAGUGAUUUCCUUUGCAUCUGUUCCAGUAAUGAUUGCAAUGGAUGAUAAAAAGCAAGGUGAUAUUCUAGAAUCUCAGAACGAGAGCAAUUUUUUGGACUUGGAAGCAAACUCUUUGGUAGAUACAGGAAACAGUGUUAUUGAUAUAGUUAAUGACAGUCACACAGCGUCUGCUGCUGCACUUGGACUUAUACCUGUUCAGGAACUCUCUGGAGGAGGCUCAAUUCCUCUGGUGUCUUGUGUUUCAACUGGGUUCAUGCAAGGCUCGAUUCCAUCUAUCUCACCUCUUGAACUUUCAACAAAUCCUGAUUCAGCGGUAUCAUCUCAGUGUGGAGACUUCAUUACUCUGCCAAGUACUUUUAAAGGAGGCCUGGAUGAUAAAUCUGUAGCACAGAUGGAAACAGAUGGCAGUCCUGAAUCAACAUUGGAUGAUGAUAACUACACCCCACCAAAGAAGAGAAGAUUGCUGGAUUAUGACAACAAAUGGAACAGUGUCCCAAAGUAUAGCAUGGAGCAAGAUAAGUACCUUGCCCUACCAGGAGGCAUAGAGGCCAACAGUGUGGAAGUAGACACGGAUUGGACGGACACAGCUCAAGCAGUGCGGAAAAACGUUGGAGAUGACGACUGGCAAAGACCAGGGAAAUACACAAGUAUUAGCAACGUCUGUAGCAUUCCAACAGUUCAAAAUGAGACUGUUGCUGAUGAUCAUGAUAAUGAUGAUGAGGUAGCAGGGGAAGAGAGUUUGGAAAAUGACAUUGAUGGUGAAAAUGCUUGGGAACAGGAGUUUGCAUUAUUUUUUGGGAAGGAACUGAACGCGGGUCGUGCGAGGUCAAGAGGUCGUGGAAGACAGCAAGGGGUAAAUAGGGGUGCUGGACACCUUAAAAGGGGUGGCGGUGAAGUGGGGUCAACAACGGGUCAAAGGGGAAUCAAAAGAAGUGCUUCUAGUCAGCGUGGACGUAUUUCUCAUGGAGGUCGUGGAACCUCAAGGGGACUUGGAAAGGGAAACAGUGUGCAUGGUAUGGGGACAAGUUCUAGUCAAGUGAAAUCAUCAGGGAAGAAGAUCGGAUUCUAUUCAGUGAAAAUUCGAAAUGUUACCACAGUAGGAAAAGUGACAGGUCGAGGUAGAACGUCAGUUCGUGGUAGACCGUCGAGGUCAAGGGGGCGGGGCCAACAGUCUGGUAAGACCUGA